AUUUUACCAUCUCCAACCACUGGGACUCUUCCAUUUCACACCUUUAAUUGGAAAAGCAACACUAACAACAACCAACUGGGUAUUAAGCAGGAGGAGAAAAACUACUCAGACUUCUCUUUUCAACUCGGAACAAGGCUUCCGAGAGCAUCCACAUCAAUGUUUGAAUCACAAAACAAUGGAAUUCCGAAGGAACAACAGGUUUGGCAUUAUCAAGAACACACCAAGCAAGAUGGCCUACCAUCCAUGAAUACAACUGUGAAGUUUGAGUCUUCCUCAAUACAGAGCUUCUCCCCUGAGACUUCUACUGUUGAAAGCACUCAAAACAAUG